UCCUGCCAUCCAGUCAAAGAGGACCACGUGAACAUCCAUCUGGUUCCCCACAGUCACGACGAUUUGGGAUGGCUAAAGACCUUCGAGCAGUACUACUAUGGCUCUCACGACAACGUGCAGCGAGCCGGCGUCCAAUACAUCAUCAGCAGUGUGGUCGAUGCGUUGAAGAGCAACAAGGACAGAAGGUUCAUCUACGUGGAAACUGGAUACUUCUGGAAAUGGUGGACCAACCAAGAAGAAGACGUGAGAAGCGAUGUUCGCCAGCUCGUAAACAAUGGCCAGUUGGAGUUCAUCAGCGGCGGCUGGUCGAUGAACGACGAAGCCACCACUUACUAUCAAGACACCAUCGACCAGAUGACUUGGGGCUUGAGACGACUGAAUGACACAUUUGGAGAGUGCGGCCGCCCACGGGUUGCGUGGCAAAUCGACCCGUUCGGGCACAGCAGGGAGAUGGCGUCGAUUUUUGCGCAAAUCGGCUUCGACGGCUUCUUCUUGAACAGAAUCGACUCUCAAGACCUGCAGAUCCGAAGGACCAACAAGCAGAUGGAGUUCGUCUGGCGAGGCAGCCCGGAUAAUCUCGGAGAAUCCACCGAUAUUUACAGCAACGUUCUGUUCCGGCACUACAGCGCCCCUUCGGGGCUUUGCUUCGAUGUGAACUGCGCGGACGAGCCAAUAAUUGACGAUCCAGAGAGCCCCGAGUACAACGUGGAGAACAAAGUGAGGAACUUCAUUAGCGACUGGAUAACUCCGGCCAGGAGCGGCUACGCCUCCGACAACAUUCUAGUGCCGAUGGGGGACGACUUCCAAUAUCAGGCUGCCGGCAAAAACUUCGCCAAUAUCGACAAACUCAUCAGGUACAUGAGCGGAAAGGAAAUCGAGGGCGUCAAGUACAACGUGAUCUACUCCACGCCCUCCUGCUACCUAAAUGCUGUCUACGAAGCAACCAAUGGGGUUUUGGACGUUCCCUUGAAGACUGACGACUUCUUCCCAUACGGAUCAUCAGACCACACCUACUGGUCGGGCUAUUUUACAUCGAGGCCAACCGGCAAAGGCUACAACAGGUUCAGCAACAAUUUCCUGCAGGUCUGCAAACAACUGAGCGUCCUGACGGACGCCACCUCUGAUGAGGACACUGCCAAGCUGAACACUUUACGGGAAGCUCUGGGAGUGUUCCAGCAUCACGAUGGCAUCACAGGCACUGAAAAGGAAAACGUCGCUCACGACUAUAUUCAUCUGCUCCACAAGGGCAUCACCGAAUGCGAGGACAUCACCAGUCAAGCGCUAGCGUAAGCUCAAAUAGACUCAUCUCUUGUCUUGUCUG